GUCAUUAGCCGCGGUCCAGAGAAGGCGGUGAUGACGUUAUUUUCGCGCGCGGUUUAAUGGUAGCUAUGCGCUUCCUGGUUGGCGGCUUUUGCAGAGCUAUGUCGGCAACAGUUCAGGCGCGGCCUCGUGGGCUGGUCUACGAGAAGCACGGGGAGCCGGAUCGGGUCCUACAGUUAAAAGAUGUCAGUUUACCUGAGCUGGGAGCUUCUGGGGUCCAUGUAAGAAUGCUUGCAGCACCUAUCAAUCCAUCAGACAUUAAUAUGAUUCAAGGGUCGUACGCUGUUCUCCCAGACUUCCCUGCGGUUGGGGGGAAUGAAGGUGUCGGAGAGGUGGUGCAGGUUGGCAGUAAUGUUACCUCCCUGAAGCCAGGCGACUUGGUGAUCCCAGCGGAUGCAGGACUGGGGACUUGGCGGACCGAGGCAGUCUUCGAGGUGGAGAAGCUGCUGAAAAUACCCCCCGAUAUCCCACUGAUGAGCGCAGCCACCUUGGGCGUCAACCCCUGCACAGCUUUACGGAUGCUGUCCGACUUUGUGACCCUGAAGCCAGGAGAUUCUGUCAUUCAAAACGCGGCCAACAGCGGAGCAGGACAGGCUGUCAUCCAGAUUGCUGCAGCCAAGGGCAUCAAAACAAUAAAUGUGGUCAGAGAUAGACCCAACUUCCAGGAGCUUUCAGACAGGUUGAAAUCCCUUGGGGCUGAUUGUGUCAUCACAGAAGAGGCGUUGAGAAAGCCAGAAAUGAAGGAUUUGUUUCAGAAAAUCCCUAAGCCCCUCUUAGCGCUGGAUGCAGUGGGAGGGAAAAAUGCCACCGAGAUGCUGCGCCAUCUGCAACAUAAAGGGACCAUGGUUACCUACGGUGGGAUGUCAAAGCAGCCUGUGAUGAUCCCCGUGAGCGUGCUGAUUUUUAAGGACGUAAGGCUUCGUGGUUUUUGGAUGACCCAGUGGAAGAAGGACAAUGCUCAGAACAAGGAGAAACUGAGCGGGAUGAUUGCAGACCUGUGCGCCCUCAUUCGGAAGGGCCAGCUCGCCGCGCCUGCCUGCCAAGAGGUCCCACUGCCGGAUUACCAAAUAGCGUUGAAGGCGGCCACGACACCCUACGUGACGGCAAAGCAGGUCCUCCGCAUGUGAAGCUGACUGGUCAGCGGUCAGUUGAGGAGGGAGUCUGCUCUCGGCCCGCUCUGUUUCUGAAGACUGCAAGAUCUGAAAUCCCACUGUGCCUGCUACUCCCUGCAGAGGGAGGAGUGCAAAGACCAAAUGGUCUCGACUGUAGACUGAAUGUGUAAUCCAGAUGGCAACAACAGCUGUGUUGGGGGCAAAGGUUCUGUGUCUAGGCAAGCAGGGGAGCGUACAUUGCCUUUGUAGCCAAAGAUCUGCCUUCUGGUUUGGACCAGGAUGCAGGACUGCUGGAGGCAUAUACAGGUUCAGAGCACCAACUUCCAGAUCCUUUCAUGAAGGUUGCAUGAAGUUCAGUGUCACGUGUGUCCCCAGUUUUCUGGAUCAGGUCACCUUCCUCCCCCUGUAGCAAACUCUCAUCCAGCAUAGCACAGUUGCCCCAUGCCUUGGAACCUGUUUCUGCAGUCAGAAUGCUUUUUUUGUAUGGGGGAGUGGGGCGCCUUGGAGAGUCUGAGAUGCCGCUUGCAAGAUUUCUCCCUCUUAAGACAGCUUUUUCAAUUUCUAGGUGAUAAAACCUACAGCAGCUGUGGCUUACAGGAGCUCUUUGUCUUUGCCCGUUCAGCUCAGAGCGGUUUUCUACGGUUGAGGGGAGCUUGCUGUGUGUGAGGCUUCCCUUUUGCUGUACUGGCUUGCCUGCCCUCUGGCACCCUGAAUGCGUUUGGGCCAGUCUCCCUGCUGGCCUCAGAAUGAGGAGGAGAGGCAAUUCUGGCACCUGGUCCUCUGCUUACCCUCUGAGGGAGCACACCCUUGCUCUCUCUCAGUCUUUGGCACUGUGUGCCCCACUCAGUUUUUCCUCCAUGGUCUGGCUUGGAAGCCUCCCAUAUUGAUACGGUUGGCCUCACCCCCUCGGAGGGUGGCUCUCAGGGCAGUCUGUUCUUUGUCAUCCUGCUGUGCUUUAAAGUUAUCAGGCCUGGCCUUCCUCCUCCAUCUCCUUACCUAGGUCCUUCACCUUUACAGGCCACUGCUGGGCUGCCAAGUCUGCAGAUUCCUCUCCAGCAACAGUGGGGGCCACUACCCAUUUGGGGCCUUGCCUGCUGGGCUGGCCACUGCUCCUGAGUUCCCUGCUGCCUGCCUGUCCCUCUCAGUAAGGGCCUUCACAACACAGGCUUGCCCAGUGGGAUGGGGCUAAGUCAGGGGUGGGAGCUGGCACCAGACACUGGGAAAAUUCCCAGUCCAAUUACAGGGCUUCUUCAAAAUAGAACCAUUCCCACAUCCUCAGUGUAUGUUCAGCUCCCCUCAGAAUGGCAACACACAAGGUUAGAGACACAAGAAUGACUUCCAAAAGUGCUAUACAAAUGUAUCCUUUGGGGGAGCUGGUCCCCUCCAGGGGUGGGCACAAACCACAUUUUUACUGUUUGGUUCAUGGUCUACCCAAGGACCCAUACCAUGAACCAAUUCAAAUGCGGGGGGGGGGGGGGUGUUGGUUCACAAACCAACUCAGUUCAUACUGAUUUCUUAGCCAUAUAAAGUUUAAGCCCCUGCUUUCUGCUCCCCAUGGCUUUUUGUGGCGAGCAGCAAGCAGGGGUUUCAAAACUACUGAGUGGUGGUCCUGCCACUGAAGUGCUCCAAAAUUAGUGGAAGUUCAUGAAGGUUCUUCAGUUUGCAAUCAUCGCUCCAUGAACUGGCCUGAAUUCGUGACAAAUUUUAGCCAGUCCAUGCCCAUCCCUAGUUCCCUCUUUUCAGCUUUGUUACCUUCUCCAAUGCAUAGCAUUAACCUGUUAAGAGAUGGGCCACACAAGGCCAGAGGGCUGUGGCCAACCUGUCAGGGAUUGGACCAACCAGCCAAUCAGUGAUUUAUCUCCCACCGGUGAACUCUGAGAUGGCAAGAGCCCAGCAUGAGCCUCGAUGGACCAGAAUGCAGCCAGCGGUCCUGAAAUGACCCCUUCCGGAGCUGUAUUGCAGCACGUAGGAAAGUUUUGGACUGUUUCUGUCAAGACAAUAGUAGCUUGAAAUGCGGGCAAAACUGUAUUUGAUUGCAAACCUUUUGGUGCAGAACCAAAGACUGUGUAAUGACUGUUGAAAUGCCAAUGAUUUUCAUUUCCAAUAAAGCUCUCCAGCUUGAGUGAUCAGUGA